AUGAACUGCAGCGUGGGAUCCAUCGUAUGGGUUCGCCGGAGAAACGGGUCGUGGUGGCCGGGUCAAAUACUCGGCACCGAUGAUCUGUCCACUUCUCAUCUCACUUCUCCUCGUUCAGGAACUCCGGUUAAGCUCCUCGGAAGGGAAGACGCUAGCGUAGAUUGGUACAAUUUGGAGAAAUCCAAACGUGUCAAGGCAUUUCGAUGCGGUGAGUUUGAUGAUUGUAUUGAAAAAGUUGAAUCCUCCCAUGAGAUGCCUUUGAAGAAAAGAGAAAAAUACGCCCGCCGUGAAGAUGCCAUUCUUCAUGCUCUUGAACUCGAGAGGCAGUUGGUGAAAAAGCAGGCAAAAGUGGCCAUUGCUUCUGAUCGAACCAAUUGUAGAUCGUCUGGUUCUGUUAAAAGGGGUACGGGAGUGUUGCCCGGGGAAACCAAUGAUACUGAAAAACAUUUAAAUUUGAAAUCAUAUGUGUCUUGUGAAAAUGAAGUUGCUGGAGAUUGUUUUCCUUUGGAGGUAGCUGGGGAUACCAAAGUAGAUCUCUGCGAUGUUACUCCUCGUACGAGAGGCUUGAAGGGUUAUGGAACCAAAAUUCCCCCCUUGAAAGAGAAUCUCCCAUCUCCCAUACAAAUGGAGCUAGGCAAAUAUCAACCCGAGAAAAGAGGAGCAGGGAAGUUUCCUUAUCGCGGUUCUUUGGUUGGAGAGACUGAGUCAACUUUUAUGGAUGUUGAAUCUGGCUCUUCAGAAACAGACUCUACUGUUUCUGAUUCAGAUUCUUCUGAGACAGAACCAGACACGGAAGCAAAGAUGAUACUCACAGAGACUGGCCGUGAUUUUGAAGAACAUGAAAGCACCAGCAUUGAGGAGCUUGAUGAAUUAGCAGUCACCAGCGACAUGCCUCACCUCUAUCCUCGUGAACUGACAUCUUGCCAUGAAGCCAUGUCUAAAUGGCAACUAAAAGGGAAAAGGAAUAAUCGGACUCUUGUAAAGAGGUCUAAUGGUCCCCCUGACGGAAAAAGUAUUAUAUGUGAAGCGGAAGUGGAUUUUGAAGAUGGAAGACCUAAUUUAAGUCACAAGAGAAUGGGUUCAAGUUUGCAUUGUUACAGAAAUGAUUUUAGUGAUGCACUUUAUGACGAUGAUCAAGAGUUUGGAUCGGAAGAGGAAUACUCUCCCACUCCGAGAGCUGUAUCAAAAGUUCAAAAUAGAACUCAUCGAGGUGCUAAUUGGAAUGACUUGGCCUGGGAUGAACAUCUUGCUUCCAAAGAAAUGCAUAGUGAUGGUUAUCAUAUCGGUGGGAGGACGAGGUCGGUGCUGAUUAACGUAGAUGUGAAGGUUCAAGCAGGAUAUCGGAAGGAGCCUGUGCCCAUUAUUUGUCUCAUGAGUAAAUUAGAUGGGAAGGCAAUAAUAGGGCACCCAAUCCAGGUUGAGGUCCUCGAGGAUGGUUCUUCUGAUACCCUUUUUUCUGCAAUUGACGACUUCAAUUAUGACGGGAUUGGUCAUGAGGAAAGCCGUGUGCUUCGACAAGGAUGGAGCACUGCUAGGAGAACAGCAAAUUUUCGUGUUCCUCGCUCAAACGUUUUGUCAUCAAAUGGUGCUGAAGUUCCCGUUGAGUUUCCCUCCUUAGAUCAAGAACAAAGCUUUGAUUAUAAAAAACUAAACCCCGGAAGUUCCAGUCAUAAGGCAAACCUCCAAAAGAAGAGUGGCAACAAAAAGUUCUAUAAAAAGGCGCCAAAGAAAUCGAGCUUGUCAUCUAACCAGAAAAUUAGAACUCUGUCCUCAUUAUCUAUUGAGCAUAGACUUAGGAAUCCAUUUCAUGAUAUAAGUAGUUAUCAAACUGAUAGAUUAAUUAAACCAGAAAUCUCUGGGCCCACCACAGUCGCUUGCAUACCAGUCCAGUUAGUAUUUAGUAGAUUACUUGAGAAGAUUAAUAGGCCACCAUUGAAAGCACCUUUGCUGAAUACUGGUGUGGAGAGAAAUUCAUAG